AUGAUCGUGCGAGCUUCUUUGCGCCUGCUGGUGACUUACACCAUCACGACAGGCUUGACCCUGGCACAGAGGUUCUAUCUGCGCGUUUCUUUCGGGGGAGGACCAGGAGGCAUCCCUCCAACCUCGUCCUUAAUCUACCCUCCGACACCAUCGGCGCCGGGGAUAGACUGCCUAGUCUUUAGCACAAUAUCCGUGUUGGACACCAUCACGUCGGCUACCACGCUUGUCCCCACGACGGAAACAACCCUCACUACCGAGUACGACACGAGCACAGUCACCACCACGCUAAGCGGGAACGUGUUCGUCUUCACGAGCACCGAAACAGUCAUCGUCACAAUAACCCACACUGACUCGACGACGGCCAUAUCAACCGUGACCAGUACCAUCACGACGACCGCGAGCCGGACCACGACCGUCUCUACCCGUGCUGGAUUCACACCUCUGCGGAGCGCUCUCGCCACCGCUGGUGGAGGCGGUGGCGGCGGCGGCAACGGUGGCCGACAAGGCGUGCUCGAGCGUCGCCAGGCGGGCAGCACCUUGUUCGGACCAGACGGGAGCCUGCCCUCGUGUACUUCCACCAUCACCAGCACUCGCACUGCCAUUCAGACCAUUAUUGAGACGAGCACGGCGGGCGGGGAGGCGGUGACGACAACGAGCACGCAAACCAGCACAAUCACCACGACGUCAACCGUCCUGCAGCAGCCAGUGCCCAGCACCGAGACCGUGACCGUCAGCAGCGCCGUCACCAGCACCACGACGGCCACCGCGACUACCACCACCGCAAAGACAGAGACGGCGGUCGUCCAGGCGCCGGAGGCCACGUUCUACGCGCAGUGUGGCCCGGAUAACAUUCUCGACAGCUACGACAACACGGUCUUCGGAGCUGUGCUAACUUCCGGGGACAGGACGAGCGUACGGGAAGUUGAGAAUCCUCGGGGCUCGGCUGAGUCCUGCUGCAGCCUGUGCGCGGCCGACGACCUAUAUGGCAAAGCAGUGUCGACCAAGCUGGCGACGCAGCUGCCGUCCUGUGCCUUCAGAAACCCUGGUCGUCUGCCUUAUCCCCUGUAUGUCUAUCUAGUCACCACUGUGGUUACCAUUACAGAGAGCCGCUCCGCCGUCACGUUUUAUGCUACCGAUUAUAGUACUGCAACUUCCGUCGAGACUUCCAGUGGCCAGACGUCGACUGUCACUGCUACCGAAACCGUCUUCGUCACGGAUACCACAACCGAGACGACGGGCAUCACGUCGUCCUCGGUCACUACAACAACUACGACGACGACGCCAGAAACCGUUAUCGUGCCCACUCCAGCCGGCUUCACACCCAUUAACGUAGUUGUUCCCAGCGAGGAAGGCAGGCUCGAGCCUCGAGAUGCCUCUCCGUGUACGUCCACGAUCAUUUUGACGACGACAGUUAGUAGUACUGUAACCGAGACGAGUACCGUCGAGGCAGGUGCUUCCGUUACUACCACUAUACUGACUACAAUAAUCACCGCGACCUCGACGACCCUCGAGCAACCCGACGCUAGUACCGAGUCUACUACGGCUAGCAGCUUCAUUACUACCACCACGACUAUCACUACAACGUCAUUUACCACUGCUACAGAGACAAGCGAGAUCGUGAAUCCGACGCCGACGGCCUACGCGCAGUGCUCCGAAGACAACUUUCUUACGAGCAAUAAGCUGCUGUGUGGCAUGUGCAACUAG